GUUUUCUCUAAGGGAUUUUUGAGGCACUACAGUAUAAUAAUAUUACUGGUUUUACAUUAAGGUUAUGUUACAUGGUAAAUGCAUAUUUGAUCUGUUUUUUUUUUAUGUUUCUUUUGAGAGAGGUGGAUUAUUCUGCAUGGGUGAAAUCUUCUGCAAAUCUUUAAUUGUUCUUUGUUUUCUAGCAGCACAUUUUGACUAAAUAACCCCACAAAAAUAAAUUAAAGAAGAAAAUAAAAGUAGAUUGGACCAUGAAGUCUUCACAACUCUUUGUCGAAUAUUUUAAGCAUGAACCAUGAAGUUUUCACAACUCUUUGUUGAAUAUUUUAUAGCAGUAUCCAUUGUAUUAUAUAUGUGUAGAUUCCUCUUUUGUUAAUAGAUUUUUUUAAUUAGGGAGACACUCUUUUACAUUGAGCUUUUUUUAUAUAGUUCUUAACUUAAAGCAAGUCCUAUUUGGAGAAUAUUACAUAAAGAAUCCUUGUGGCCCUCCAUUAACGCUCCUUGAUCCUAGAAUUAAAAGCUUCUAGCUCUUUUUCUUUAUAUUCAUCAUUACAAGCUCUCUCCUCUCCUCUUCUCUGCUUUUGAAUUCCUUUUUGUGGUGUUUUUUCUUUGUCCUAUUUGUUACUUAAUACUUUCAAGCUUCUUUGUGAUGGAUCUGCAGAUGGAGACUGUGAAACCAAGGGCUGUUGCUCCCAAGGGUAAAUUCAGACGCACGUUUGCCAAAGUUCUCAACAUUCACAAGCUAACCGGUGUUGCUCCAGAUGUGAAGAAGAUAAAGUUAACAGAGAAGAGGCUUAACCAAAGCGGACAGCUUUGCAACCCUUUAGACAAUCUUCACCUCUCUGCGCUGAAUCCAACCCACUUCGUUGCUUAUCUGAACCACACAGUCAAAUCCAUCAGAGGGUUCGUCAAGCUGAUGGUCCAACAGAUGAAACUCGCGGGAUGGGAUCUUUCAAUGGCGGCUAACUCGAUCCAGCCCGGUGUGUUUUAUUACAAGCAGGAUCACAAGUGUUUCGCUUUCGAACACUUUGUCUCCAACGUAAUGUUCGAAGCUUUCCAUCUGCCACACUUCUCAACCGAUUCAAGAAGCUUCAAGAAACAGAGCAAAACAGAGAGGGAAGCGUUCUUUGAGAGGUUUACAGAGCUCAAGUCGAUGAAAGCUAGAGAUUACUUAAACGCACGGCCAAGAUCAAGAUUCGCCAGGUUCUGCAGAGCCAAGUUCUUGCAGCUUAUACAUCCGAAGAUGGAGGAAGCUUUCUUCGGACACACGCACUUGAGAAACCAGGUCUCUGCUGGUGUGUUCCCGGAGACGAGCUUGUGCUCUGGGUUUCUCGAAAUGGCGAAAAGGGUUUGGCUUCUGCAUUGCUUGGCUUUAUCUUUUGAGCAUGAAGCUGAGAUCUUUCGAGUGCAGAAAGGUUGUAGAUUCUCUGAAGUGUACAUGAAGAGCGUUGCGGAGGAAGCGUUGGAGGAAACAGAGCAGCCACGUGUCGCGUUCACGGUGGUUCCGGGGUUUAGGUUCGGGAGCAGUUUGAUACAGUGCGAGGUUUAUCUCUCGGGUUCGUGAUAGCCGUUCGAUCAAAGAUCUGGAAAUGGACGGUGGUGGGUCCUUAAGGACGUUUUGGUAAUUUCGAAAGUUGUGGGGUUGAUUUUUGAAGAAUGGGAAGUAGUGUGGUCUUUUGCUAAUGUUUUUCUCGGGCUUUUGAGUUUUGUCGAGAUUGGUGCAGGGAAAAUCAGAGGCAUCUGUUAGCUGUUGUCCAUUGAAUAUUUAUCUCCUUUUUUUCUGAAUAAUAUGUAAAUAUUUUAUGAUUUUCGAUAUGUACUUAAAUAAUGCAGUUAGAGAAAAAAUAUUAUAAA